CCAACUUCGAUCUGCAUCGGCCGAGUGAAUACCUCCUCAAGAAUAUGAUCUCCCCAUCCGCACUCAAAGAGAACAACUCAAGUGCUACUAAUUUCAGCCUCGUAAACAACGAGACUUCCAAUGGAGGAUUUGUAUGCAACGGGCGCUUUACGUGGUUCAGUCAUGGCCCAAUGAUUCCAUUCUGCGUUCUGAUCAUCGCUUCUAACAUUGUCGUCAUAGCAUUAGUGUAUUGGAAAGAAAGCUUACGCACUCUUACCAAUAUCAUCCUCGUAUCGCUGGCCGUAUCAGACUUAAUGUCAGGGUUAGUGGGUAUCCCAUUACUUUUCGCCUGCGCUGUCACCAAGACACUGGGUGCUUGCAUCGCAUCUGCCCUAUUCAUGCGCUUCACGACCGUUUCAACAGUGCUCCAUUUCGUGUUGGUCGCCUCUGAUCGCUAUGCCAUGAUCACCUAUUCGAUGCGCUACAACACGCUCGUAACAAGAUCGCGCGUGGUAUGUGCUCUUCUAACAGUUUGGAUCACAUCCAUUGCCGUAUCCACGGUGCAGAUGACAUGGUACGACGUCAGUGAAAGCGUGAGAGAAAAGAAACGCGAAGACGAAGUUUACUUUUUUAUUUUCAUCAUAGUUUUUUUCGCUUUACCUUUGCUUUACAUGUUGUUUGUGUAUAGCCACAUUCUCGUUGUUUCUCUUCGUCUCCUCUUUGCAACCCGAGCACGUCGCACGAACUUGGGCGACGAACCCGUGCACUCUAUCAUGCGAGACUUGCGAGGAACAGCGAUUCUGAUCUCAAUGUUGGUCGUGUUCACGGGCUGCUGGCUCCCAUUUUAUCUUCUUAUACUACAAGAUCACGUUAAGGUGGAAAUAAUCCCAGUCUAUUCGUGGGAGCUGUGUGUGUAUAUGUUCAUGCGUUUUAUUCCGCCAAUGUCAAAUCCAGUGUUCUGUUCGUUUUGCAAACGCGAUUUCCGAAGAACAAUACGCACUUGGCUGAGUGCCCACGGAGUGAAGAUGUGCCGAAGAAAAGAUGAGUUCACUCGUGUAAGAUUCACUCGAAGUCAAUCAGACGGACUCACCGCUGGCUACGUUAGGAAUGGGACAAGUUUAGAAACUUCACUGCAACGUUCUCCUUCACCAAGAAGCCUACGGGCAGCUAAACAAACCAUCAUCAUAAACCAUUGAACUGAAGCGGAAACAUCUGUAAAUAUAUUCUUAAGAGACCAAAAGCUCUGAAUUUCAUCUUCUCCUGAGAAAAAAAAACAUUUUAUUGCAUUGUUCACUUUUUUGUUAGUUUUGAUUUCUUUUGGUUAUAUAUAUAUAUAUGUAUAUAUAUGGAAAACAUCAUUUUGCGACAUGAAACGCAUUUUAGCUAAAGUUGUAGAUGGCUCUGUAUGAUUUUAAACUGCAUAACAAAAAAACUUAUGUAACUUAUUACGUAAAAACCGCAAGGAAUAACAUAUUUAAGAAAAUUAUCUAACGACAACUUUACAUCCUGAGGGUAAAUUAAUAAGCGUUUACAUGGAAAGAUAUGCGAAAUAAAAGAAGGAAGUCAUAGUCGCCGUAAAAAUAGAAAAUAAAUAUUAUACAGAAUUUGUAGGGUUAUAGAACUGAGUCAUUGAUAAUAUACGGAGAAAGAAUGAAAUAUUACAAAUUGAU